CCAGGCUGCGGGCCGACUUCCACACUGCUGGCGGCGUGUGUGGAACACUUUUCUCCCACCAUCCCGUCCGUCUAACCGGUCAUUUAUCUAAAAAAACAGGCUUUUUUGUUUCAGUGUUGCCUCUUUUAUGUCGUGUUCAUCUACAAGCUGACAGACAUCUGCCCGGCGGUCCAAUCCGGUUUUUAUCGGUAGUUUUUGACUCUCAUCUUCCACCUCCUGCUUCCGCGCGCGGCGUGAGUUUCACGUGGAGACCGGCGACUCAUCACUUCUUUGGACAUCCUUUUAUUUACCGUUUACAGUAACGUUAGUUAGCAUUAGCUGUCUGAGAGGAAACGAUGACGAAAAUGGCAACCUUGGUUCUAGAGGACGGGACGACGUUCAAAGGCCUCCUUUUUGGUGCAAAUGUGUCAGUGUCGGGGGAAGUUGUGUUUCAGACGGGCAUGGUGGGCUACCCCGAGGCUCUUACCGACCCUUCCUACCACUGCCAGCUGCUGACCCUCACUUACCCUCUGGUGGGCAACUAUGGUGUGCCGCAGGACGAAGAGGGAGAGUUUGGACUGAGCAAGUGGUUUGAGUCGUCAAAGAUCCACGCUGCAGCUCUUAUUAUCGGAGAGCUGUCGGAGAGUCCCAGUCACUGGAGUUCAGUCAAAUCACUUGACCAGUGGCUCAAAGAGCAAGGCGUCCCUGGAUUACAAGGCAUUGACACCCGCUGUCUGACCAAGAAGAUCAGAGAGAAGGGCACCAUGUUGGGGAAGCUGGUUGUGGACGGGACCCCUGAGGACAGUAUUCCCUUUGACAACCCAGACCAGAGGAACCUGGUCCAGGAGGUCUCCCUGAAGGAGCCCAGAGUAUUCACCAGUGGCAGUUUGCGAAUCACAGUGGUGGACUGUGGCAUCAAAUACAACCAGAUCCGCUGCCUGGCUGAGAGGGGCGCCUGUGUCACUGUUGUACCCUGGGACCACCCGUUGGACAACACAGAUUUUGAUGGUUUGUUCAUCAGUAACGGCCCCGGGGACCCCCAGCUCUGUCAGGCCACCAUCAACAACAUGAGGAAGCUGGUCUGUGUGGAACGUCCCAAGCCGGUCUUUGGUAUUUGCCUCGGUCACCAGCUGCUCUCGUUAGUCAUUGGAUCGAAGACCUACAAGAUGAAAUACGGUAACCGUGGCCACAACCAGCCGUGCAUCCAUAAGGGAACAGAUCGCUGCUUCAUCACCAGUCAAAACCACGGGUUCGCCGUCGACCCUGACACCCUGCCGAAGGACUGGGACAUCCUCUUCACCAACGCCAACGAUCACACCAACGAGGGCAUCGUGCACAACACAAAACCGCUGUUCAGUGUUCAGUUCCACCCAGAGCACAUGGCCGGCCCCACAGAUCUGGUCAGCCUGUUUGAUGUCUUUCUUAAGACUGUGAAAGACCACAAGGAGGGCAACACCACCAAAUCUGUGAAGCAGCGUCUCAUGGACCACCUCACCUACCCAAGUUCCCCGAAGCCUGAAGAGGUUUCCCGACCGAAGAAGGUCCUGAUCUUGGGCUCUGGAGGACUGUCCAUCGGUCAGGCCGGGGAGUUUGACUACUCCGGCUCCCAGGCGAUUAAAGCUCUUAAGGAAGAGAAUAUCCAGACUGUGCUGAUCAACCCCAACAUCGCCACUGUCCAGACCUCCAAGGGCCUUGCUGACAAGGUCUACUUCUUGCCUAUCACAGCGGAGUAUGUCACUCAGGUGAUAAAGAACGAACGUCCAGAUGGCGUGCUGCUGACCUUCGGCGGUCAGACGGCUCUGAACUGCGGCGUGGAGCUGACUAAGCUGGGCGUCCUGGAGAAGUACAAAGUAAAGGUUCUGGGAACACCGGUGGCCUCCAUCGAGAUGACCGAAGACAGGAAGAUCUUUGUGGAGAAGAUGGAAGAGAUCAACGAACAUGUUGCUCCCAGUGAAGCGGCGCUGUCUGUCGAGCAGGCAGUGGCAGCUGCAGAGCGUCUUGGCUACCCUGUUCUGGUUCGUUCAGCAUUCGCUCUUGGUGGUCUGGGCUCAGGUUUCGCCAACAACAAAGAGGAGCUCACCUCUCUGGUGACAUCAGCGUUCGCCCACACCUCCCAGGUCCUGGUGGACAAAUCACUGAAAGGCUGGAAGGAGAUUGAGUACGAGGUGGUCCGGGAUGCCUAUGACAACUGUGUCACUGUGUGUAACAUGGAGAAUAUCGACCCUCUGGGUAUCCAUACCGGAGAAUCCAUCGUGGUGGCGCCCAGUCAGACCCUUAAUGACCACGAAUACAACAUGCUGAGAAACACAGCGGUCAAAGUCAUCAGGCACCUCGGCAUUGUGGGAGAAUGCAACAUCCAGUACGCUCUUAACCCCGAGUCUGAACAGUACUACAUCAUCGAGGUGAACGCCCGUCUGUCGCGGAGCUCCGCCCUGGCCAGUAAGGCGACGGGUUAUCCUUUGGCCUAUGUGGCGGCUAAACUGGGCCUGGGGAUUCCCCUGCCACAACUCAAGAACUCUGUUACCAACUCGACAACAGCAAACUUUGAGCCCAGUUUGGAUUACUGUGUAGUGAAGGUGCCUCGCUGGGAUCUAAGCAAAUUUCUCAGGGUUUCCACCAAGAUUGGUAGCUCCAUGAAGAGUGUUGGUGAGGUGAUGGCUAUUGGCCGCAGUUUUGAGGAGGCCUUCCAGAAAGCUCUGAGGAUGGUGGAUGAGAACUGUGUUGGCUUUGACCACACCAUCAAGCCUGUCUCUGAAAAGGAGUUGCAGACUCCUACAGAUAAGCGCAUCUUUGUUUUGGCGUCGGCGCUCAGGGUCGGCUACACGGUGGACCAGCUGUAUGAGCUCACCAAGAUCGACCGCUGGUUCCUGCACAAGAUGAAGAACAUCGCCGACCAUGAGCUGCUGCUGGAGACGUACAACCAGGACGAGAGCGCCAUGCCUCCAGAGUUGAUGCGUAAGGCCAAGCAGCUGGGCUUCUCUGACAAGCAGAUAGCACGAGCUGUACUGAGCACGGAGCUUGCUGUGAGAAAGCUGCGUCAUGAUUGGUCCAUCCUACCUGUAGUGAAGCAGAUCGAUACAGUGGCGGCUGAAUGGCCUGCCUUCACGAACUACUUGUACCUGACCUACCACGGCACGGAGAACGACCUGAGCUUCGACGAUCAGCACGUGAUGGUGAUCGGCUCCGGCGUGUACCGCAUCGGCAGCAGCGUGGAGUUUGACUGGUGUGCAGUCGGGUGCAUCACAGAGCUCAGGAAGAUGGGUUAUAAGACCAUCAUGGUGAACUACAACCCCGAGACAGUCAGUACAGACUACGACAUGUGUGACCGUCUCUACUUUGAUGAGAUCUCCUUUGAGGUGGUAAUGGAUAUCUAUGAGAGGGAAAACCCAGAGGGAGUGAUCCUCUGUAUGGGAGGCCAGCUGCCCAACAACAUCGCCAUGUCGCUGCACCGUCAGCAAUGCCGCAUCUUGGGAACUUCACCGGAGUUCAUUGAUUGUGCGGAGAACAGGUUCAAGUUCUCCCGAAUGCUGGACACCAUCGGAAUCAGCCAGCCGCAGUGGAAAGAGCUCUCCGACACUGAGUCUGCUGUCAAGUUUUGUGAGACUGUGGGUUAUCCCUGUCUGGUUCGUCCAUCCUACGUUCUCAGUGGAGCGGCCAUGAACGUUGCCUACAGUGACAGUGACCUUGAGAAAUACCUGACCAACGCUGUUGCUGUGUCCAAAGAACACCCUGUUGUCAUCUCCAAAUUCAUACAGGAGGCCAAGGAGAUAGACGUGGACGCUGUAGCCUGUGACGGGGUGGUGAUGGCCAUUGCGAUUUCUGAACACGUGGAGAACGCUGGCGUUCACUCCGGUGAUGCCACACUGGUGACACCGCCUCAGGAUCUCAAUCAGAAGACGAUAGAAAGGAUCAAGAUGAUCGUCCAUGCCAUCGGCCAGGAGCUGCAGGUCACUGGACCUUUCAACUUGCAGCUGAUUGCUAAGGAUGACCAGCUGAAGGUGAUCGAAUGCAAUGUCCGAGUGUCUCGCUCCUUCCCCUUCAUAUCCAAGACACUGGGCGUGGACCUUGUUGCCCUGGCAACUCAAGCCAUUGUGGGGGAGGAGGUAGAGCCUGUAGGGCUCAUGAGAGGAAAAGGGAUUGUAGGAGUCAAGGUUCCCCAGUUUUCGUUCUCUCGGCUGGCCGGAGCCGAUGUGGUGCUCGGGGUGGAGAUGACCAGCACUGGCGAGGUGGCCUGUUUCGGGGAGAACAGAUAUGAGGCUUACCUCAAAGCCAUGCUCUCCACAGGCUUCAAGAUCCCCAAAAAGAACAUCCUGCUCUCCAUUGGCAGCUAUAAGAAUAAGAGUGAGCUGCUGCCCACUGUGCAGGCUCUGGAGGCUCUGGGUUAUGACCUGUACGCCAGUCUGGGAACUGCAGAUUUCUACACAGAACAUGGAGUCAAGGUGACCGCGGUGGAUUGGCCAUUUGAGGACGACAGCGAGUGUCCCACCAAAGAGAAGCAGCGCAGCAUCAUGAACUACUUGGAGGAGAACCACUUCGAUCUGGUCGUCAACCUCUCCAUGAGGAACAGCGGAGGUCGCAGGCUCUCUUCCUUUGUCACCAAAGGCUACCGGACGAGACGCAUGGCCAUCGACUACUCUGUCCCGCUCAUCAUCGAUAUCAAGUGCACUAAGCUCUUUGUCCAGGCUCUUCGUCAGGUUGGUCGAAGUCCACCAGUGAAAACGCACAUUGACAGCAUGACAUCCCAGACGCUGGUCCGUCUGCCUGGGCUGAUCGAUGUGCACGUUCACCUGCGAGAGCCCGGUGCCACACAUAAGGAGGACUUCUCCUCUGGUACAGCAGCUGCUCUGGCAGGAGGAGUGACCAUGGUGUGUGCGAUGCCCAAUACUUCCCCCGCCAUCACUGACGCCAGCACUCUGGCUCUGGUGCAGAAGCUGGCCAAAGCGGGCUGCCGGUGUGACUACGCCUUGUAUUUGGGCGCUGCUUCAGAUAACGCCGCCAUCCUGCCAUCUAUCGCAAGCCAGGCAGCCGGCCUGAAAAUGUACCUGAAUGAUACAUACUCCACCCUCAAGAUGGACAACGUCUCUCUCUGGAUGGAGCACUUCGAGAAGUGGCCCAAGCAGAUGCCCAUCGUUGCUCAUGCCGAGAAGCAGACGGUGGCUGCAAUCCUCAUGGUGGCUCAGCUGUACCAGCGGCCAGUACACAUCUGCCACGUGGCCAAGAAGGAGGAGAUCCUGAUCAUCCGAGCAGCAAAGCAGAAGGGCAUCCAGGUCACAUGUGAGGUCGCACCUCAUCACCUCUUCCUCUGUGAGGAAAACAUUCUGGAUAUCGGCGGCGGACGAGCGCAGGUCCGACCCAUGCUGGGAACACAUGAGGACAUGGAGGCUCUUUGGGAAAACCUAGACAUCAUAGACUGCUUCGCCACGGACCACGCUCCCCAUUCUGUGGAGGAGAAAAACGGGGACGCUCCUCCUCCAGGUUACCCCGGCCUGGAAACCAUGCUGCCGCUGCUGCUGACCGCCGUCAGCGAUGGACGUCUCACUCUGGAUGAUAUCAUCAAACGUCUUUACGACAACCCACGCAGGAUCUUCAACCUGCCAGUCCAGGAAAACACCUAUGUGGAGGUGGACUUGGAGCAGGAGUGGGUUAUUCCUCAGGCCAUGCAGUUCACCAAGUCAAAGUGGACACCUUUCCAGGGUCUGAAAGUGAAGGGUAAAGUCCGCCGCGUGGUACUACGAGGAGAGGUGGCCUACAUCGACGGGCAGGUUUUGGUCCCUCCAGGUUAUGGUGAAGAUGUGAAGACCUGGUCCACUGCUUCGAUCCAUCCUCCUGAGCCUGUUAAAGAAUGUCCGAUGACUCCAGAGCACACACAUCCUACUCCUCCCCGGGAAGGCCCAGUCCGAACCCGGGCACCCAGCCCCCGACGAUUAGCAGGAGAGGGCCGCUACCUGCUGCCCCCUCGUGUCCACCGCUCCUCCGAUCCUGGACUACCACCAGAGAUGGUCUCACUCCCUCCAUCUGGUGCUGGUGAAGGUUACAGCCACCCUCCUCCUCUGUCCAGGCUGCUGUCCCCUCAGUCAGGACCAGGACAGCUACCUGCUGGACAGGUGUCCCACUUUCAGACAUCUCCUCUGCUGCACCCGCUGGUGGGCCAGCACAUCCUGUCUGUCAGGCAGUUCAGCAAAGAGCAGAUCUCGCACCUUUUCAAUGUUGCCCACACUUUGCGUUUGAUGGUUCAGAGGGAGCGAAGCCUGGACCUUCUGAAGGGUAAAGUGAUGGCGUCCAUGUUUUACGAGGUCAGCACUCGCACCAGCAGCUCCUUCGCAGCAGCCAUGCAGCGUCUGGGCGGCUCAGUCGUCCACUUCAGCGAAUCCACCUCGUCGACACAAAAAGGGGAAUCUCUGGCUGACUCUGUGCAGACCAUGAGCUGCUACGCUGAUGUCCUGGUGCUCCGACACCCAACACCUGGAGCUGUGGAGAAUGCAUCUCGUCAUUGCCGUAAGCCUGUGAUCAAUGCUGGAGACGGUGUCGGGGAGCAUCCAACCCAGGCGCUGCUGGACGUGUUCACCAUCAGAGAGGAGCUGGGGACGGUCAACGGCAUGACGAUAACUAUGGUCGGAGAUCUGAAGCACGGCCGCACAGUUCAUUCCCUCGCCAAACUGCUGACCCAGUACCGCAUCACCCUGCGCUACGUGGCUCCCAAGAACCUCCACAUGCCGGCUGAGAUCAUCAGCUACGUGGCCUCAAAGGGCAUCAGACAGGAGGAGUUUGAGAGUAUCGAGGAAGCUCUGCCUGAGACAGACGUCCUCUACAUGACGAGGAUCCAGAAGGAGAGGUUCGCAUCUGAGGAGGAGUACAAAGCUUGUUUUGGACAGUUCAUCCUCACACCUCACAUCAUGACUGUAGCCAAGAAGAAGAUGGUGGUGAUGCAUCCGCUGCCCAGAGUCAAUGAAAUCAGUGUGGAGGUGGACACAGACCCAAGGGCGGCGUAUUUCCGUCAAGCAGAAAACGGCAUGUACAUUCGAAUGGCCCUGCUGGCCACCGUACUGAGCAGAUAGAUCCACGUGCCGCUUAUUACUGGCACAAACUGUCAAACCUUUUAGAGUAAGAAGUCUUAGAUACAGUACCAGCAUUUUACUCCCUGAAAUCUGUGAAUUUCCUUUUUCCAAGUCCUUAAAGGGAUGUUAUUAGAGUUCAAUAAGACUUUCACUGAGUCACAGAGUUUAUGAAGAUAUCAUAUCAUUAUUAUAUCACGCUGUUAACAUGAUUUCUGCUUUCCUUCUGUUUGACAGACCAAAUCCAUAUCUUACCUGCAAAAUUACUGCAUUCCAUUAUGAGAUUUCUUUAAUGUCUUAAAACAUUUCUAUUAAACUUUAGUAGAAAUUAUUUAGAUGCUGUAUUGGGACUAGUGAGAAUUUUUUUGUGUUGUGUUCGUUUGCGAUGGUUGACGGACCAUCAGUGAUUUGUGCAUAAGUGAGCCCUAGUGAGCUUGGUGUAGCUGGGGAAAAGAAAAAAAGUUAGGUGGGCAUUUAAAUCAUAACACGGACGGUACGAUGAUGUGCGAUGUAAAUGAAAUGAAUGUUUUGGUGGUUGGUUAAUGCUCAGCUGUAGUUACAUUUAAAGGGACCAGUUAACAUAUUAAAAGGGAGAUCAUGGUGUAAAGGAUUGCUCUGUUCUGACCAGUAAUGAUGCCAGUUUCCUUUUCUCUACUGUCUCUGUGUUGUGGCUUUAACAUGUAACAUUAACUCAAUAUGGAUGCACAUAGAUACUCAACAAGCUUGGUCUUUGGAGUUUUAGGGGUGAUUUCUUACACUGUAGCAGUUUAGAAGUUAAAACUUUUAUCUGGAUGGGAAUUUGUGUCAUUUUAAGUGUUGGUGAAUUGCUUUGUAUUAUGUGGAGAAAUAAAUAAUAAAAAGAAAUUUCCCUUUUGCA